AUAAAGAAUUUGAUGAGCCAGCUGGGAACAAAGCAGGAUUCAAGCAAGCUUCAGGAGAACUUACAACAGCUACAACAUUCUGCAAACCGCCUUGCCAAAGAGACCAAUGAGUAUUUAAAGGAGUUGGGGUCUCUACCACUUCCUCUAUCUGCUUCUGAACAGCGCCAACAGAGGCUUCAGAAAGAACGUUUAAUGAAUGACUUCUCCACGGCCUUAAAUAACUUCCAGGCAGUACAGAGGCGGGUGUCAGAGAAGGAAAAAGAGACUGUAGCAAGGGUGAGAGCUGGCUCCCGUAUCUCUGCUGAUGAGCGGUUCAGAGAAGAACAGUUUCUUUCAUUUGAUAGUGGUGAAGAUUGGAAUCAGAUGCAGUCUCAGGAGGAUGACAUGGCAAUAACUGAACAAGACCUUCAGCUCAUUAAAGAACGAGAAACAGCAAUCAGGCAAUUAGAGGCAGAUAUUUUGGAUGUCAAUCAGAUAUUUAAGGAUUUGGCAAUGAUGAUUCAUGACCAAGGAGAUAUGAUUGAUAGCAUAGAGGCAAAUGUGGAAAGUGCAGAAGUCCAUGUGGAAAGAGCCAGUGAGCAGUUACAGAGAGCUGCCUAUCAUCAGAAGAAAUCCCGUAAGAAGAUCUGUAUCCUGAUUAUUGGUCUUGCUGUGGCUUCUAUAAUCCUAGGACUCUUUAUCUGGAAGUCUUCACAUGGAACCUAGUUUUAUUGCUGAGAUUUUGUUUCCCUCAGAGCAAACUGGCUGGCUAGUCUCGGAAAUUAAUUGACCACCGUGAGAGGGCACAAGCUGCAGCUACUUCUAGUAAUAGAUAUUAGCAUCUAAUGUGCAGAUAAAUACUAUUUGAAUUAGUGAACCAUGGAGACAGUAUUUAUGAGUUUAUAUACAAAUGAUAUUGUUUUAUGUAACUAAAAUCUUGUGGUUUUGCUUUCUGUAAUGUAUUAUUCCUUCUCCCAACUGUAUGCGGAAGUCUGAUCAAUAAUUGGAGAUGUCUUGUUUUUGACAAGUGGCACAACGUAACAUUUUAUAUGUCUAAAUAACUGUCGGACUGGAAUAAGAACGACAUUCAAAGAGGGCACAAGGCUGAUUCACAUUACCUUAAUCCAGUAGUUUCUAAAGUCUCCACUAUCUGCCUCCUGGUUUUAUUAAGUCUCUGAGUGACUGAGGUUCUAGAUUCUCUUGA